AUGAGAGAGGUGGAGCCCAAGGACCAGCCGCUCACGGUAGCGCUUCGGAUCCGCCCGCUCAGUGACACAGAACUGGAGGAAGGGGCCGCCGUCAUCGCCCACAAGGUGGGGGACCAGACGGUGGUGCUCAUGGGCCCCAGCGAAGAUCCCGAGGACACGCUGCGCACACACCGGUCGCGGGAGAAGACCUUCAUCUUCGACGCUGUUCUGGACCAGCAUGCGUCACAGGAAGAUGUGUAUCAUGCCACCACCCAGCACCUUGUGGAAGGUGUCGUGUCUGGGUACAACGUGACCGUGUUUGCCUAUGGCCCUUCAGGCGCGGGGAAGACCUACACCAUGCUGGGCAUGGACGCGGAGCCCGGCAUCUACCUGCGGACCCUCACCGACCUCUUCCAGGCCAUUGAGGAGACCCGCGACCAUGCGGACUGCAGCGUGUCCAUGUCUUACCUGGAGAUUUAUAACGAAGUGAUCCGGGAUCUCCUGAACCCAUCCUCGGGGUUCUUGGACCUGAGGGAGGAUUCUCGGGGCAACAUCCAGAUCGCAGGCAUCAUGGAGGUCUCCACCUCGAACGCCCAGGAGAUCAUGCAGCUCCUCACCAAAGGCAACCGGCAGCGCACGCAGGAGCCCACGGCCGCCAACAAGACGUCCUCUCGCUCCCAUGCAGUGCUACAGGUCACUGUGCGCCGGCGGAGCCGCGGGGCAGACUCACUGGAGGAAGUGCGCGUCGGGAGGCUCUUCAUGGUGGACCUGGCAGGCUCGGAGCGGGCGUCACAGACCCAGAACCGCGGCAAGAGGAUGAAGGAGGGCGCCCACAUCAACCGCUCCCUGCUGGCUCUGGGCAACUGCAUCAGCGCACUCAGCGAGAAAGGCGGCAGCCGGGCGCAGUAUGUGAACUUCCGGGACAGCAAGCUCACAAGACUGCUGAAGGAUGCCCUGGGGGGGAACAGCCGCACAGUGAUGAUCACGCACAUCAGCCCGGCCAGCACGUCCUUCGAGGAGUCUCGGACCACCCUGCUGUACGCCUACAGGGCCAAGAACAUCAAGACGCGGGUGAAGCGUAACCUGCUGAACGCGUCCUCCCGUAUUGCGCAGUACACGGACGUCAUCUCUGAUCUGCGCCGGGAGAUCGAGCGCCUCAAGUCCAAAACUGAGACUCAGGAGGAGGAGAGGAGAGGCGACCCCGGUACCCGGGAUGCACAAGUCAUGAUCCCUGCCGAUGAUGGAGAGGAGGAUAGCCGCCUGCAGAUGAACAAGAUCCGGGCUCAGCUCAUCGGGGCCUUCAAGGAGCAGCUGGAGAUGCGGCGCAGCCUGGUGGAGCUGGAGAACACCAACAUCGAGCUGCACGUUGACGUGUCCCGCCACCUGUUGACCAUUGCAGACUGGGAGCGGGAGAAGACCCACGAGCAUGUGCACAGGGACAGGACACCAGAGAGGGACGAGGAGCCAGCAGAGGCCGACGUGGAUGGGGACGAGGGCGAGUCCUCGGAACCACAUGAGGUGGCUCUGGCCAGAGAGGAGGUCAACAUGCUUUUGGCUGAGCAGCGGAAGACCGCGGCCCUCAAGGCCGGGCUGGAGCGGCGGCUGGCCAAUGCCAAGAGGAAGGUGUCACAGCUGGAGAAGCUGCUGCCCACGCAGGCGGUCAGCGAGGACCAGCGGGAGGUGCUGCGGCUGCUGUGCCGGGCGCAUGAGCUGGAGGUGGAGAACACAGAGCUGCGGGCCGACAAGCUCUGCCGGGGAAGCCUGCUGCGUCAGAAGGACCUGGUGAUCCAGCGCCACCAUCAGCACCGGCUGCUGUGCGAGCGGCUCAUCCAGGACCUGUGGCAGCUGGUGCAGGGUGGUGGUGUCGCGGUGCCGGAGGCCCUGGACCGGCGCUUCCGCCUGUACUUGCGGGAGCUGGGCGUGGGCUCGCUGAACCACCUGAUGCUGCUGCACUCGGUCCUGUCCAGCUCCCUGCAGGAUGGCUCAGCUCUGAACAUAUCCCCCCCGCCGCCGGAGGAGGCCAGCCAAGACCAGCCCGACGACAGGAAGGAUCUCCCGUGGGGUGCCCAGUUUGAGCUGCCGCUAAUGCUGCUGGAGACGGACAGCAGUGGCUACAGGUCCUUGGAAGCCACACCAUCGAGAAUGCUGGACAAGCAAGAUUCUCUUCUCCCUCCACUAUCCCUCCGUGUCCUGUUGACUCCUCCAGCUCACGAGCCAUUGAACUCCCUGAGUGUGAAGAAUUUGGUCUCCAAGCUCUGCUCCAUGACCAGCCCAGAACUGGGCACCUCACGGGCAGCAGCAGAGGCCAGCAGCCCGGCCCUGAGUGCCCAGGCCCUCGAGGACAUGGCCGCGAGCACCAAAAGCAUCGCUCUCAUCGCAGCUGCCCGGCGUUUCAAGGCACAGGACCGUGGUUGGGGCAGCGGCCACUCCUCCCUCCACCUUCCGGAGGAAGUGGCCCUGGACUCCAAGGACCCAAAGGCCAGUGUCACCCCAGCCCCGAGCCCAGCAGACUGGAGGUGUCCUCUUGCCAGCCCGGGCAGGGACCACUCUGUGGAGAGGAAGGCCAGGAGGAAGCGGUCACCAUCCCUCACCUGGAGUGUGCAGCCGGUGCUGGACCCUGCCGCUGACAGCCAGCCGCCCCCAGCACUCCCACAGCUGACAAAGUCGUCUGGGAAGAGCUUCUUCCCCACCAUCCCCACAGCCUCCAAGAUAAAACCCAGUCUUAGCAUCCACGCAGAUGAGAAGAGGCCCCCAGUGCCCGAGGUCAGCUUCACCUUCCCCAGUGCCACGUGGCAGAGCAGCCCAGGCCCAAGCAAGGCCCCGCUCCGGCCCCGGGACAUCCGAGAGGACACCAUGGCCAGCGGCCAGGAGCCAGUGUGUAGGCCGCGAACCCAGGAACCGAGGCCCUAAGGUCGCAUCAGGAUAGAAGAGUCUGGGAAACCUGGAGCACCGUCCACGGAGCGCCAGGACGUCACCUUCUCUGGCUCUCUUUCGGCACUUCUGUGGCUUUCUUUCAGUCCACUGCCCGCAUGACGGGCUCUCAGGGGCACCCCGUGUGGGGGCCGUGGGGACUGGAGCCGCCUCCCUAGCAGCAGGAUCCCCGCCGGCUGGGGCAUCCAGUGGAAGCAAGGGCCUCUGGGAAGCCACUUGUAGCACUUUGGGGCUCAGGGCCGAAAGGAGGUGGUGGGGGGGCCUUGCAGCCCACCUGGGAAGUGGGCUGUCUUGGACGCAUGGGUGCCCAGCACAGGGGGACAGCUCUCAUGUGUUAUACAAACGCCACAGCUGGACACCACAGCCUGCCUCCCCUCUCGUCGUAAGACCCACUGUCAAGGAAGACCUGCAGGGGACUUGUCCUUCCUGGGCCUUCUGGAGGAGUGUGUGGAGGGGAGGUCGGUCCCACAUAAUCUUUGGGGGCUCUGCUGCCUGCUGUGAGCAGACCUGCUGGGGACACCCUCUGAUGCCCACCUCCCCUUCCCUAGGGGGCAAUGCUGAGCCUGGAGGCAGAGAUAACUCCUUCUUUCCCACCCUGGCCCCAGAUCCUGGGUAGGGCAAAAAUUGCUGGUUGCCCCCCAUUUCUACUUGCUUUCUUCUGGGAUAAUAGAACCCCUGAUUUUUAGCUAGUUACAUGGCUUCCCAAAUAAGGACUGGAUGUUCCACCCUCCUUUGCAGCUGCAUAUGGCUGCGUGACUAAGUUCUUACAGAUGGGGUACAAGCCAGAAGCAGCUGCUUCCAGGAAAUUUGAGCACAAAGGAUCAUUAGCACGUUCUUCAUGCUUCUUGCCUUCUUUACUUCCUCAGUCCUACUACCUGGAAUUUGCAUGUGAUGGCUGGAACUCUAGACACCAUUUUGAGGCCUUGA